UGUUUGUGUAUGUACUCGGCAGGAUACAGAUCUCCGAGAUCUCCGAGGGGGUACGCAGAUAUGAUAGGUUUGGGUCUAUGCAGACGUGUGUGCAGCAGCAGGUCCUUCUUGCCUGCUGCUCAUGCUGGUCACUCGUUAAUAGUUAAUCAAGGAACUUGAGUCACUCCUUUGUGCAACACGCUCUCGACAAGAGCCCGCGAGCGUGAUAACAUAGUACACGCGCCGACACCCCAAACACGAUAUCGUGGAGUCAGCUGACGUCGGUAGGGAAAGGUUCGGGAGGUAGGCACCGGAACACAAGGGCAGCAGCAGCGGGCGGUUUUUGCCCGCGCGCGCCAAGGAGAUCCAGGGAACAGGGUUUGGAAUACGAGGGCAGCAGCAGCAGGGCGGUUUUUGCCCGCGCGUGCCAAGGAGAUCCAGGGUAAGAGUUUGGAAUACAAGGGCAGCCGCGACAGGCGCGCCAAGGAGAUCCAGGGACAGCAUUUGGAAUACAAGGGCAGCAGCGGUAAGCGUGCCAAGGAGAUCCAGUUACGUGAACAAGAAUAAGUCUAGCUACAAGACACAGCAGUAGGAGAUACAUCGUGCCGCAUUUUUUUUUUUGCGGCGUAAUUAGGCGGAGGAAGAACAUGUGGGAGAAGUACUGGACGGAGAUGGAAUAUGGGCAUCUAAGGGAGAAGAACGAUGCACCGGCAGGAGCAAUGGCUGCCGGAAGAACGACUGCCGGGGCAGCUGGUGGAGCUGGGCUCGGUACACAACGGGUGAGCAUGAAAAAUGACGGAAAUUGUGCUUUGAGCGGUUACAGCAGCAGUCGCAACCCGCCCAAAAUCCCGACGAAUUCGACGAAGGCCGUGAGCUGGCUUCGGAGAAUGCGGAAUUUCCUGGCUGUCGAGGAUUUGGAGCGAACCCUUGACCACAUGCCAUCUACUGGUUAUGUCAACGUUAUCAGUUGUCUGGAUCGCACAUACCUGAACCAGACUCACGGUGCACAUCUGGUGGCAGCUCACCAGCGGGCGUGGGGGUACAUGUUGGAAGCAACCUGCGGCACGGACAUUGAAGAACGGUUGGGUGCUUGCGACUGCGUCCCUGAGGCGUGGAGCGUGAUCCACGAAUGGCUGUUGCCUACUCUUGACGCUGAGAAGACGUUGCUUGUGAGGCGACUUGAGACGAUUGAGAUGCAUCCCGGCGAGGACCCGAAACUCUUCUUCGCCAGAGUAGACGGAGUGAUCAACAUCAUGAAAGCUGUCGGCAUCGAAAAAUCUGAGCGGGCUAUCGUGCACAUCAUUGUCCGCCAGCUUGCGCACGAGUACGAUAUCGAACGCAAGUCCAUCCUGGCCGACCCCACCAUUUCCCGAGCGAAGGUGGAAAACGUUGUUCGCGCGGCAUACGCCAACAAGGUCAUGAUGAAGGAAUUGGGCAAAGCGCAGGCGGCACCGGCGGCAGCGGUGACGGUUGGUGGGCUUGGGUCCGGUCAUGGUGGCCACGGUCAGGGGGGACUACAACGGCGGUGGCGGCAACAGCGGGAGCAGCAGCAGUGGGUUCGUCCUCAGCCACCACCUGCACAUUACCCACCUCCUAACUUCCCGACGUGGGGAUCUGGGGGGCUCUAUGACUGUGGGCGCAACGCUGUGUACCCGCAAGAGGAGUCAGCUUCGCCGCAGGGUGCUCUGAUUGGUGUCGUUCAUCAGUGCGUGAGAUGCGGGAGGCAUGGACACUCACUUGGCGACUGCAAUGCGCCACGACGCUUUGAAGGCAACUGCACUGCCUGCGGUGAGUAUGGCCAUCGGCGCCGCAUGUGUUGCACAAUCGACCGCAUGCAACAGCACGUGCCCGUCGGUGACGGAGAGGGUCUCAACGCGAAUGGCAACGACGCUAUGCCGCACCAGCAGCGGAAGCGACGACGCUGGAGGAGGCAAAGGCAUCGACAGGAGGCGAUGCUCCCCGUGUUUGCAGCUGGCGCGAGCGGCGACCCCCGGCAGCAGAAUCUUCCCCGCGGCGGCGGCAGGGGAGACGGCCGGGGCGCAGGCACUCGCGGCGGGAGCAGCGGCAUGGACGGCAGCACCGGCGGCGAGAGCGGCGACCCCCGGCAGCAGAAUCUUCCCCGCGGCGGCGGCAGGGGAGACGGCCGGGGCGCAGACACUCGCGGCGGGAGCAGCGGCAUGGACGGCAGCACCGGCGGCGAGAGCGGCGACCCCCGGCAGCAGAAUCUUCCCCGCGGCGGCGGCAGGGGAGACGGCCGGGGCGCAGACACUCGCGGCGGGAGCAGCGGCAUGGACGGCAGCACCGGCGGCGAGAGCGGCGACCCCCGGCAGCAGAAUCUUCCCCGCGGCGGCGGCAGGGGAGACGGCCGGGGCGCAGGCACUCGCGGCGGGAGCAGCGGCAUGGACGGCAGCACCGGCGGCGAGAGCGGCGACCCCCGGCAGCAGAAUCUUCCCCGCGGCGGCGGCAGGGGAGACGGCCGGGGCGCAGGCACUCGCGGCGGGAGCAGCGGCAUGGACGGCAGCACCGGCGGCGAGAGCGGCGACCCCCGGCAGCAGAAUCUUCCCCGCGGCGGCGGCAGGGGAGACGGCCGGGGCGCAGGCACUCGCGGCGGGAGCAACGGCAUGGACGGCAGCACCGGCGGCGAGAGCGGCGACCGCCGGCAGCAGAGUCUUGCCCGCGGCGGCGGUGUGGGAGCCGGUUGGGACGCAGGGAAUUGCGGCUAAAGCGUCAGCAGCGCAAGAGCCGGAGGACGAGUGCGAUGAGGAUAGCUGUUGGUUGGGCCAUGGCGACGAAGGUGGCAACAGUAGCGACGGCAGCGGUGACGGCGGCAUCGGGGCGUUGUCCGCCGGUGCAAGGCAUCCCGGCGCCCAUCCGACCGUGAGCAAUGGCAUCUACGUCGUGCGGGACGAUGGGGGGUAAUGCCAGGAAGGGAGGAUCGAUCGUGGCAGAAGUGUGCGGCAUGAAGUGAGAGACUUGGUGAUCGGGAUCUCCAG